GCUUUUCUUAGACAUCAUAUGCAGACAGUUGGAAGGACUGAAGCAGCAGUUUCCUUGGAUUUGUCCACCAGGGAAAUCAGAGAAAAUGACUUGGCUCCUUUUCAGAACAUCAGGGGCUCUGGCUAUUUUAAUGGUGCUCAUAUUGGUUCAUGGAGAACUGCGAAUCGAGACAAAGGGUCAACACGGAGAAGAUGAUACUGCAGUACAAGGCAAAAGGAGAUACAAGCGUGAAUGGGUGAAAUUUGCAAAACCCUGCAGAGAAAGAGAAGACAACUCGAAAAGAAAUCCAAUUGCCAAAAUUACUUCAGAUUUCCAAGCAACCCAGAAAAUUACCUACCGAAUUUCUGGAAUGGGAAUUGAUCAACCCCCUUUUGGAAUCUUUGUUGUUGACAAAAAUACUGGAGAAAUUAACAUAACAGCCAUAGUUGAUCGUGAGGAAACUCCAAGCUUCCUGAUCACGUGUUAUGCUCUAAAUGCCCUAGGACAAAAUGUAGAGAAACCACUUAUAUUAACAGUUAAAAUUUUAGAUGUCAAUGACAAUCCUCCAGUAUUUUCACAAAGUAUAUUCAUGGGUGAAAUUGAAGAAAAUAGUGCUUCAAACUCACUGGUGAUGAUAUUAAAUGCCACAGACGCAGAUGAACCAAACCACUUGAACUCUAAAAUUGCCUUCAAAAUUGUCUCUCAGGAACCUGCAGGCAUACCCAUGUUCCUCCUAAGCAGACACACUGGGGAAGUCCGUACUUUAACCAAUUCUCUUGAUCGAGAGCAAGUUAGCAGCUAUCGUCUGGUUGUGAGUGGUGCCGACAAAGAUGGAGAAGGACUAUCAACUCAAUGUGAAUGUAGUAUCAAAGUGAAAGAUGUUAAUGAUAAUUUCCCAAUGUUCAGAGAAUCUCAGUAUUCAGCACAUAUUGAAGAAAAUACUUUAAAUUCUGAGUUGCUUCGAUUUCAAGUUAUAGAUUGGGAUGAAGAAUUCACAGAUAAUUGGCUUGCAGUGUAUUUCUUUACCUCUGGAAAUGAAGGGAAUUGGUUUGAAAUACAAACUGAUCCCAGAACUAAUGAAGGCAUCCUGAAGGUGGUUAAGGCUCUAGAUUAUGAACAACUACAAAAUGUACAACUUGGUAUUGCUGUCAAAAACAAAGCUGAAUUUCACCAAUCAGUAAUUUCUCAGUAUCGAGUGCAGUCAACCCCAGUCAUGAUUCAAGUAGUCAACGUGAAAGAAGGAAUUGCAUUCCGUCCUGCUUCCAAGACAUUUACUGUGCAGAAAGGCAUAAGUAGUAAAAAACUGGUCAAUUAUGUUCUGGGAACAUAUCCAGCUAUUGAUGAGGACACUAACAAAGCUGCCUCAUAUGUCAAGUAUAUCAUGGGACGUAAUGAUGGUGGUUUACUAUUCAUUGAUUCAAAAACUGCUCAAAUCAAAUUUGUCAAAAACAUCGAUCGGGAUUCUACUUUCAUAGUUAACAAGACAAUCACAGCUGAGGUUCUGGCCAUAGAUGAAAACACAGGUAAAACUUCUACAGGCACCGUAUAUGUUGAAGUACCUGGUUUUAAUGAAAAUUGUCCGACAAUCGUCCUUGAAAAGAAAACAAUUUGUAGUUCACAACCUUCUGUGGUAGUCUCAGCUAGAGCACUAGACAAUAAAUAUACUGGCCCCUACACAUUUUCUCUGGAGGAGCAACCGCUAAAAUUGCCAGUUGUAUGGAGUAUCACAACACUCAAUGCUACUUCCGCACUCCUAAAUGCCCCACAGCUGCUAUCUCUUGGAACGCACAACAUCGCCCUCACUGUUACUGACAGUCAGGACAGACAGUGCGAGACACCAGAGAGCCUGACUCUGGAAGUCUGCCAGUGUGACAACAGGGACACCUGUAGAACUCCCAGUAAUAAUGAAGACCCUGAUCGCAUAGGUGGAAAGAGAUCAUCAGUGAGGCUGGGGCCUGCCGCCAUCGGCCUGCUACUCCUUGGUCUUUUGCUGUUGCUCUUGGCCCCCCUUCUGCUGCUGACCUGUGACUGCGGGGUGGGUCCUCUCGGGGGAGUGACAGGAGGAUUUAUCCCAGUUCCUGAUGGUUCAGAAGGAACAAUUCAUCAGUGGGGAAUCGAAGGAGCCCAUCCUGAAGACAAGGAAAUCACAAAUAUUCGCGUGCCACCUAUCACUGCCAAUGGAGCCGAUUUCAUGGAAAAUUCUGAAGUUUGUACAAAUACAUAUGCUGGAGGGACAGUGGUGGAAGGAGCCUCGGGAAUGGAACUGACCACCAAGCUUGGAGCAGCUACAGGAUCUGGAGCUGCUGCAGGAUUUGGAGCAGCCACUGGACUUGGCAUUGGUUCUGCAGGACAGUCCGGAACGAUGAGAACAAGGCAUUCCACUGGAGGAACCAUUAAAGACUAUGGUGAAGGAGCAGUAAGCAUGAAUUUCCUGGACUCCUAUUUUUCUCAGAAAGCAUUUGCCUGUGCAGAAGAAGACGAUGCCCAGGAAGCAAAUGACUGCUUGCUGAUCUAUGAUAAUGAAGGAAUGGGUGCUCCCAGUUCUCCCGUGGGCUCCUUGGGUUGUUGCAGUUUUAUUGCCGAUGAGCUGGAUGACAGCUUCCUGGACUCGCUCGGCCCCAAAUUUAAAAAACUUGCAGAGAUAAGCCUCGGGAUCGAUGAUGAAGCCAAACAAUCUCAGCCACCAUCCAAAGACAGCCAUUUUGGGAUUGAAUCCUGUGGCUAUUCCCUAGGAGUCCAACAGCCAGAAUCUGUUAGGGGCCAGCCUUUGUCAGGCAAUCAAGGAACUUCUGCUUUGUCUGCUUCUGGCUCUCUUCUCCAACCAGCCAUUUCCAUCCCUGACCCUUUGCAGCAUGGUAGUUAUUUGGUAACAGAGACUUACUCGGCCUCUGGUUCUCUCGUGCAACCUUCUACUACAGUCUCUGAGCCACUUCUCACGCAAAAUGUAAUAGUGACAGAAAGGGUGAUUUGUCCCAUUUCCAAUGCUCCUGGCAACCUACAAACUCCAAUGGAGCUACGGGGGUCACAUAAUAGGAUCUGUACAGAAGAUCCUUGUUCCCAUCUAAUAUGACCAGAAUGAACUGGAAUAAUAUAUUGGUUGAAUAUAAUUAUUUGGACCAAAUUGUUCAAAGGAGCAUAAAAAAGCUCACAGUACUGGUCUAAUUGGGCACUUAUUUGGUACUCUCCUAAACUGAGCUUGAUUCUUUUAAAUUUUCUAGUUGAUAUCCCCAAACUGGAUAUGUUGUACCUCUCACUUCUCAAAUACCAUUCAAGUGGUAGUAAAUCUUGAUGUUUU